UGCUCAGCUUCUCAUGGAAGUCCUGUGUAGACUGAGCCUCCAGGGCAGUGGCUGCUUAGAGUGGAAUCCUCAACCUUUGCCUCAGAAUAACAUGAGUCUUCUGAAUUCAGGGAUAAAGAGCCAGCUCUUGGAUUUACUCUCAUUUCAUUGAAUCACUGAAAAUCCAGCAUCCUGGGAACUCCUUUGGUCUAUGGAAAACUGGGACUGUUGGUAACCCCACCUGUGAAAGGGAGGGGACAGAAGCAGGAUUGAACAGAGGGAGAAGUCAAGCUGCAGUGCAGGCCCGAUGACCUCAGCCAAUCCCAUGGAGAAAGAAUUCUGGAAUUAAAUUGGUCCAUCAGACAUAUCCAGCAUCAAGCUGAAAUGGCCAGGCCUUGUUAAGCAAAUGGAUCGGAAACAACAGCACUGGAAGGAGGAAGCACACAGCUUUUUGCUUUUGUUUUUGCCCAUUUGACAUCAUACAUGGCUACUGAUGGCAAUGUUCUUCAGGUUCCCUUGCGUCAGAAGCCGAGAAAGAAAACUCAAGGUUUGUUCAUGAUGAGUCGGAGGAGGAUAUCAUGUAAAGACCUGGGACAUGCUGACUGCCAAGGGUGGCUAUAUAAGAAAAAGGAAAAGGGAACUUUCCUCAGCAACAAAUGGAAAAAGUUCUGGGUGGUGCUGAAGGGAUCUUCACUGUACUGGUACAGCAAUCAAAUGGCAGAGAAGGCUGAUGGAUUUGUCAACCUGCCUGAUUUCACUGUGGAGAGAGCAUCUGAAUGCAAGAAAAAGCACGCUUUUAAGAUCAGCCAUCCACAGAUCAAGACCUUUUAUUUUGCAGCUGAGAAUACCCAGGAAAUGAGUAUGUGGUUAAGCAAGCUUGGAUUAGCUGUAAUCCACCAGGAAUCCACUACAAAGGAUGAAGAGUGCUACAGUGAGAGUGAGCAGGAAGAUCCCGAAAUAGCUGUGGAGACACCACCCCCUCCUUACUCUUCGGAGACUCUGUCUUCUUUGUCUGCACAGCAGUCAUCUUCAUCUUCACCCAAACUGAGUGGAACAUCAUCUUCUUUCUCUUCCCGGGAAAAUACAAUAAAGACACCCAGCAGUCUGUCUUCCCCUUUACCUAAAGAAAGACAGUCUUGGAUCGACCUGGUUAAUAGUUCAUCUGCUGCUGAAGAUGUGGGACAAUCUAUAGCAUUUGCUGUGCAGGUUCAUUCACUGGCACCCUGUGAGGCAAACAGUUGCAAGGCCCUGGAAAACAGCUUUUCCACAUCAGAAAGCGAAUUUUUGAACUCUUUAUCUAGUGACGACACUUCUUCACUGAGUAGCAACCUGGAUCAUCUUACUGUCCCGGAUAAGCCUACUGGAUCAAAGACCAUGGACAGAGAAGAAACAAAAGUGUCUGAAGAUGAUGAAAUGGAGAAGCUCUACAAAUCACUAGAGCAAGCUAGUCUCUCUCCUCUUGGGGACCGUCGACCUUCCACCAAAAAAGAGUUGAGAAAGUCCUUUGUCAAGCGGUGCAAAAAUCCAUCCAUAAAUGAGAAACUCCACAAAAUCCGAACCUUGAAUAGCACAUUAAAGUGUAAAGAACAUGACCUGGCCAUGAUUAACCAGUUGCUGGAUGAUCCAAAGCUGACAGCCAGAAAAUACAGGGAAUGGAAGGUCAUGAACACCCUACUGAUCCAGGACAUCUAUCAGCAGCGGACACCUAUGUCUGCCCCUGAAGGCACCCCCGAGGGACUUGAGAAGCCACCUUCCUCUGCCCGUGUUGAACAUUCUAUUUGACAAGCCAGGAUUCUCUCCUCUUAUAUCUUACACCAAGCAACUCUUCAAGAUGUUGCAAGAGCUUCUAUUUUUCCUUGUAAAGGAAAACUGAAACCCAGUUCCUCCUCAAGCAUCAGUUCCCCCUCUAAAGAUGCAUCUUAGGUGAGGACCAACUUCCACAGCGGCAGAACUUCUUGUUUCAGUUGUAGAACUGCCGCUGAGAUUGGAGUGGUUGAGACCAGUUGAACAGUUUUUGUGUGCCUGCUGGGAGCUCUUGGUUAUGCUAGGCUCUAGGUGGCAUGUGAGACAGGCAUCUUCUGUUUCUUGCUCUCAAGAGAAAUAGAAUAUUCCAUGGACAAAAGAUCACUUUUGACCAGGGACAUCUGUACAUAGAAAUAGUCUGUUUUCCUAAAGAAGAAUGUCCAAUUCCACCUGGUUGGGUAGCUGAGUUCUCCAAAUCAUGUUUUGGGUGGAGGAAUGGUUUCUGUAGCAUCAACUGGAGCAGGACAAAUGUGGUAUUAUGGGACCCAAAUCCCUUGCCUUUGGUCCAGAAUGGUGGUGCCUUUUCCCCAUGUUGAGAAAUACUUCAUAGCGAGGAGCAUGUGGGAGAGCCCAAGGAGGAGACGUGUUCUAUGUUCCACUCACUCAAAGGACAGCUUGAUAUUGUCACGCUUUACUCAGGUUGGGGGAAAGGUCUGAUUAAUUUCUUUCCGUAGAACAGCUAAAGAAAAUUAUCUCAUUACACUUGGGAACCUCUACUUCCUCCUAGCUUUUCUGUAGGAGAUAGUAAUGAGUCCAGCAAAGAAGGUUUGCUGCCUUUGGAUUUGGGUGUGGUGCCUAUGCACAGUAUAAAUUUAUAUCCAGGUUUCCUGGGAUCAAGAUGAUUGACAAGAUGAUUCUGGUGUCUGAAUUGUUUAAAUAUCUUUACUCCAAAAAAGCCCCCAACAAAAAUGACAAAAGAGUUAAAACAUGACUGUUUUAUUUUUGUAUGUCUAUGUGUUAUUUGUGUCCUAUGUGAAUAGCUGUAUAUAAAAUGUUUGUUAUUUAAGUCUAUUUAUAGAUGUUCAAAUUGCUAGUGUUUUAAAAGAUGAUAUACUAUUAUAUGUUUUUCUCAGUGUACAUUUCAAAGUAUAUACUUUUUGCUUGAGAAUAAUAGGAAUACUAUUGAUUCGUUGGAGUUCUGUUGCACUAUGAUGUAUGAGGAAUGCUCAGGAAAUCUUGUGGGAUGAAUGUGGGGCAUGCAUUGACAAUCUUUCAUUUUCUGGCUUCUCUCUCUUUCUCCCUCUUCUCUCUUUCUUCUCUCAACCCAGAGUGUGUAGACUUCUCUGUCUGUCGUAAGUCACUCUCUUAACCAGAAAAAGACUUUUUCAGGUUAUCCCUUCUAGUAAAUAAACUUUAAGCUCUAUACCAUUUAUGCCCACAAAUUCAAACCAAAUGAAGCACAACUAAUGUAGUCUUUUGACUAAAGACUAAUAGAAAUUCAAGGGUUUGUUGUUAAAAAGAACUAAUUUUAUUAGAGAAACAAUAUGAAAGACUUCACUUGCUUAUCACUGUGAAUAUUUCUCACCACGAGAAUAACCACAACCCAUCAAAAACCCAUUUUGGCUUGACCUCUAGCAAAUUGACACAGUUUGCUUUAUAGCAUCAAAGUGUGUGGCUUGACAUUCAAAUGGAAAGAACCCCCUGAAUUUUAUCUGCAAACUAAAUGGAAAUAGUUGUUGAGUAUUUUCCCAACCUUUAUUAAGAAGUCCUAAAACGUUGUCAACAAAAAACAACCUCAGCAUUGAGAAAAAGAAAAACAGGAAGCAAGUUGUAGUACUAGAAGCUUCUGUAAGAUAAGAGGCCAUGUCAGCCAGUGUGGCCCAGCAAACAGUUGUGUGUUCCUGCACUAAGUGGAAUGUGCCGGGUGAGGCCACAGAGCGUGAAGCAAAGGGGACCUGAACCUUGGUGAGUUUCCUGUUGACUCUGCACCGGAGAGAAGGAACCACUCAGGUCCUCAGCGUGGACCCUGAAGCUUCUGGUUUGAGAGGCCAAUGCUUUAAUCUCUUUACUCUGGAAAUUAUCAUUGAUUCUUUCUGAAAUUGGCCUCUAUCAGAGCGUUGAUUGUUUGGGAUUCGAAUGUAAACAAAGUGUUGACGGAAGGAGGAGUAACAAUGGAACAAAUAAUAGCACGACGUAAAACGUUCUUCCACCUUCCUCUGGUUUGCAACACCAACCUACAAACUCCGAAGCAGCUUUUCCUAAAUUGAAGCACUCCAAAAGCUUUUGACCAGGGCUUGCAAAUACAUUUUAGUGCUUUACUUUGGCUUUUCAUUAGUCCCUAUUUCACUGAGCUUUUAGAGUAAAAUCCUUUAGUACCACUCAAAUGUAAAGGCAAAAUGGGUCCAUGAGAUUAUUUACUCAAGCCUUUCAGUUAUUGUUCAGAGAAGUUAGUCUAGAAGUUUUUGCUUUGUUAGCUAAAGCAGUUACUUUGCCGAAGCUCCAGAAAUGAAAGUUAAACUGAACUGCGUGUGAUUUUGUGCCCUGCUCUUCUAGAGCACGCUUGCCGGCUCGUUAGUGUUUCCCCUCUGGAAACGCUUUCGCUCUCUAUGAUGUUUUCCCACCUUCACUGUAAGAGGUGGGUGAGGGAAGAGUGGGAGACAGUUUCCGUGAUGCUCAGUCUCUCUUGGCCUCAAGCCAUUUUUCUGCCCCAAAGGAGAUUGAGAAAACUGGAUUAGUUCUAAUUUAUUUCUGGGGAUUGGGCCAUCUCUGAAAUAGUCUUGGGGAGGUUUCACAGUCUUCUAUGCCCGCUGCUGUAAGCACAGGAUCUGGCGGCUGUGGAAUGACACAGAACCGCGGCCACUCAGGAAGGAAGUGGAGAAUCUCUGAGCACAGCCAGGUCCAAACCUGCUGUGGAUUCAGAUCCCAAUUAGACUCUUCUUUGGGGUUUUGGGGAGGCCUGCUUCUCCCUAUUGCUAGCCUGUAGACCCAGACUGGUGCGUGGUAUCAUACCCUCACCGGCUGGUACAUUGCAGUACAUGCUGAAUUGUGUCCGGCACUUGAAGAGUAUCUGUUGCCUUUAAGAAUUCUUAGCUCCGCCUGAAUCCCAGCAUUGCAUCAAAGGCCUAGAAAGAAUCUAACGCCUACUAUUACAAAGACUCCAGGAAGCCUAAGAAAGAGAUUGUUUUGGGAAUCAGAUUUCAAUGUGAAACCAAUGCCUUAUAUUUACAUAGCACUUUCCAGUUUGCAAAUCGGUGUGCUUCAGGCUCCCACCUCCAACUCCCCAGUGGUCUGUGUGGGAUGAUUGCGGAUUAUCCUUACUCCUUUUGAGCAGGGAAGAAACAAGCUCCGAGAAGCAAGGUGCCUGGGGAGAGCCCUAAGUGGUGCAGCCAGGACUUGAAUCCAAGUCUUGCUCUUCCCUCUCCCUUUACCUUGCACAGUGGCUGUUGGGACCCAGCAGUUUGACUUGGUGUGUGCAUGCCUUUGCACUGAAAUGGGCACACGCCAUGUGGCUUUUGUGAAGUCAUCCAUUGGAAACCUGAGGGGCCUCUUUUCCUUGAGCACGGUCUUCCUCAUGGCCUGAGAGGUUACUGUCCCUCCUGCAGUGACCUGCGGCUGGGCUGACUGUGAGUUGGAGUCUAACCUAAUCAAUUCUAUGUUUUCUUUCCUUCCUUCUGUAAAGCACACUGCUUGUUAGGCGCUGUGAGAUCCUUGGACGAAAGAGAGAUAUUUAAAGAAAUGGAGUGCCUUUAUUUUGUUUUCCUUUCAAAAUGUGUCAGGAGAUGUCAGACAGAGCUUAGUGACUAGGGGUUAGGCUUUUAACUUCCAUUCAAUUUCUUCUCAUAUAAUAAUUUCCUCAGAUAGCCUUUAAAUCACAGACAAUAUCAUAGAGAUGAAACAUAAAGAGAAAUAUACUUUUAAGUCUUUUGAAGAGAAGUGACAUUGAAAGUUGGUAUUUUGAUAUAGUCACACAGAAGAUUUAGUAAUUUAGGUACAGACGAUGCCCAUCCAACAGUCACUACUCAUUGAAGAGCCACCAUAUUCAAAUGAAGUUUUAGGGUGCAUCUCUUCUUCAGUUUAACAGAAUAUGAUAUCUGAUUGGGAUUUUCCAGUUUAUCUCCCUUCUAAUUUUUUGUAUACUUAUCUUGCAAAAAAAGCGAGUCCUAGAAACAUGAGGUGACUUCCCAGCCUAGGGUUUUGUAAUUUUCAAUUAAAAAGAAAAGUCCCUGAAACUAGAUUUUAACAACCCCUAUGAAAUGGCUUGGGGAGGGAAAAGCACCCAUCUCAGCGAACAAGAUAUUGAACUGCUACGUGGUUAUGUUGUGAGCAGGAAGCAAUUUCCUUGCCUCUUCUGCACAUCUUUACUCUUUCCCAUACACCACAGAUCACACAGAAAACAUUAAAAUGGAUUCUACAUUAAAAAAAAUACUUCUUCCAUUUCUCUUUAUGAGGAGACUUAACUUGCUCUGUAUUGAUAUUUUUUUUACCUUUAGUCCAAAGGGGAAGCAUGCCCAAUGGAGAUGUUUAGCAUCCCAUAAUAAAAACCAGAUUUUAAAUCACCGCACAUUUUAAUGUCCUUGCAUGAUGGGGAUGUGACUUUUAGCACUGCAUGGUGUUUGGGGCAAGAUGUUAAUGUGGAAAUGAUACCUUCAAUUUCAUCGUUCUUUCAUUAUCUGUUACCUACCUUCUUUGACUAAACUGAAAAAAGAGGCUCAUUUUUUUUUGCUGUAUGUUUUCAAGAUUGACUUGUAAGAAAAAAAUUAAAAACAAGAGAGAAUAUAUCUAGUAAAAUGACAUGGAAAAUA